AUGGCUUCGUUAAACGUGUAUUCAGUGGGUAAACUAACGAAAUUUAUUUCUGGAUCGACAUUGAGGACUUUCCGUGCCAAUGUAUACAGAAGCACAGCUCAAGGUUACAGCACAGAAGAAAAGAGCAAAGCUGAGCCGGAAGCAGAUAACAAGCUGCCCGGCUCCAUCGAGGAGUGCCACAAGCAGAUUGAGACUCUCACCAGCGACCUCACCACACUACGGACUCAAGCCAGAGAUUACGAAGACAAGUACAAGCGUGCGCUAGCCGACGGAGAGAAUGUCAGACGUCGCAUGAUGAAGCAGGUGGAAGACGCCAAGUCAUUCGCUAUACAGAGCUUCUGCAAGGACUUGCUAGAUGUGGCGGACACGCUGGCGGCGGCCGCGGAGAGCGUGCCGGAGCGCGAGGUGUCGGAGGGCGGCGCGGCGGCCACGGAGGCGGGCGCCGCCGCCGCGCUGCGCUCGCUGCACGACGGCGUGCGACUCACUCGCGCGCAGCUCACACAGGUGUUCAGUAGACACGGACUGGUGUCGGUGUCACCGCUGCGAGAGAAGUUCGACCCCAACCUACAUGAAGCGCUAUUCCAGCAGGAGGUAGAAGGAGCAGAACCAGGCACAGUGGUGGCAGUCAGUAAGGUCGGCUACAAACUACACGAGCGAUGCGUCAGACCGGCCCUAGUAGGCGUCGCCAAGUGAUUGCAUACAUAUAUAUAAUUAUAUUAUACAUGUAUGUUCAGCCAGCCUAGUUAUAUAGUAUGCAGGU